AUGACAAAUCAAGCUGAAAUCGGUCAUUCUCGAAGUGAUCACCAUUACACCUUGAUCAAUUUUCUAGAACCAAAGUCGACUUACAAUCAUGAAAAGCAUCUUUUUGAAGAAAUUGAAAACAAUCAAGGCGUCGAUGACGAUGAAGACAACGCUCAAGUAAUUCACCUAGACACUUCCUAUCCACUAUCAAUUCAAACAGACUUAUCUCAGUAUCCAUUGACAACGAAUGUUUAUAAUACAGAAGAGGAUGCAAAUGCUAUGAAUAAACCAAACGACUAUGUGACUUCACUAUUUAACAUUGAACACAAUGUCAGUGAUGAUGGAAAGGUACAAGAUGGAGAAGAUGGAGAAGAAGAAGCAGGAGAAGAAGCAUUGAAUUAUUUCAAUCCAUUUCUCGUUAAUUUAAUUUAUUAUCAAAAUCCAUUGAAGAAAAGAAAUUCUGAUACUAAUAAUCGUUUAAAUUAUGAUAAUAGUAUGAUAGUUAAAAAAAUGCCUGAAAAUGAAAGAUGGUCAACACCAAUUCAACCGGGCAAUUCAAAAGAUUUACGUAAAAUUCGUAAUCUGAGUAAUCAAUAUUCUUCUUCUGAGCAUAAUUCAUUGUCAAAGAAGAGUCAACAACUGGAGGAUGAUGAAGGGGAUGAAGUGGGGGAAGAAGAACUUGGAGUUGGUUAUCUUCCCAUACACUCCAAAACAAUAAUUAAUAUUAUCAGUCAAGCGGUAUUUCAAUCCAAAAUCAACACGCAAAUCUAUAAAUGUACAUGUCUGCCCACCUCAAAACAACCAAUCACAAUUAACGAUUCUUAAGAAAAUCAAUAAUAUAAGACAGACAUGUUGGCUCGUCCAAUCAUAAUCAUUCGUCUCAAAUGACACAUAUUUAUAUAUAAAUACAUGCGUAUAACCGAAAUGCAACCAAUUUUUUUUGGAUACUUCCGGAUACAGUUUUGCAGUGAUUUUUGUCUCAUUUUUAAUGUCUUCGCUGUUUUGUUUGUCCAAUAUUCUCUAUCUGUGUGUGUGUUAGUGUUGGUAUUCAAGGUCAAAUCCUGCAAUUUGACAUUCCAAUUGAAUUUCUUUAUCAAGAAUAAACAUUUUUUUUAAAGGUUUUACAAUGUUUACUCUCGUUUUUUUCUAUCGAUUCUUUGCAUUUCUCAAAUGUUCAUUAUU